UGAGGGCUGCUGAUUGGCUGCAGCGGCUGUUAGUCAGAAGAACUGGGAUUCAGGCACUGCUUGGAGAGCAGAUUAUGAAGCGGCGCUCUACCAGUGGCAGUCUCCUCUUAUUGUCUCAAUGGCUGCACACGCAUUCCUCCUCUGCUCCCUUGCCUUGCUGUCCACCCUCAGCCAGCCUGGGCUUUCCUUUGCUGAUGACGAAUUUCAGCCGGGACUUAUCUACGACGAAGUGCCUGUGAUCCUGGACAGAAGUAAAGAAAACCCUCAUCAAGCAACAAGAAUUGCAUCCCGUGAAGAUGGAGAGUAUGGUUUAGAAAGUGAAGAGGUCUUUUUGACACCUGAAGAUGAAAACCCACUCAGGAGAAUACUGCAGCCUUUUAAAUGGCACCAGCCUGGGAUGACUCUCAGUAAAAGGAAGCUUCUCCAGUCUCUGAUGGGGCCUUAUGGCCCACUCAGCGUGUCUUACAAUGGGAAGCCUUGCAUUCUUUUUAAGGCCAAGCGCCUGGCAAUCCGCUACAGGAACCACACAUUUAUUGAUCUGACUGAAAAAGUCUUCAAUUCCAACCCACCAGUGGACACAAAGGGCUCCAUCUGCACCAAGGAUAAAGCUACACUUUCAUUAAGAUUUGGUGAUGUGGAGGACUUGCGAGGUCUAGUAAUCAGGCUUCAGAUGUCCAACACUUUUUAUGAGGCAGCGGGUCAAAACUGGUUCACACUGGAUAGCGUUCACAUCCAGUAUAACUGGACCCAGGAAGCUACAUUCAAUGCCAGUGAGGUCUACGCUCCUGCCACUUCAUCCUACCAUUGCCAGCACGUCAGCAGCCUGCACAAAUAUGACACCCUACUAGUGCCCAGCUCCCACACUGACACAUCUGCUAACUGGCACAUAACUUUCACUGAUUUCCAGAUCCAGGCCUUUAAUGUGCAGUCAGACAAGUUUGCAUCGGCCAGUGACUGUGCUACUUUCUUGACCCCAGCCAUACUGAUGGGCUUGGUGACAUCCCUAAUCCUUCUUCUCGUCUUAGCCUAUGCCCUACACAUGGUGGUACAUCUCAAGCACAUCGAUCGCUAUGAGGAGCACAAAGCCACCGUCUACUUUCCUCGUAGUCCAGAGGCUGAGUUGCCAGACAAAAACAGCCUGUGAAGGAGAACGUGGAGCCCAAAGAUGGGAAAAUAGAAAGAAGCAGGGCCGCAGGGAGGGCAAAUGACUACAAGAUUGAAAAAGUAUCCUCCACUAGACCUUUGUUCAACGAAAUGACAACUUUGCCUGUUCACAUGAAAACUUUAGUGUUUUAACCACUUUAGGUAAAAAGCAGAGUGUGGCUGGAUACUUUUUCUUCUUUCCUCAUUGACCUGCACAUCUCCUUUGGAUGUCCAAGCCUCUCCCAGAAACGGUUCAAUGGCCUUUUGUCCAAGGUCGGUGUCGAGGUCCUGAUGGAUAACAACAUUUGUCUGAUCCAGCCCUAAAAAAUAAGAGGCUUGCAAGUGUAGCUAAUACAGCUAACUCAGAUGCUUCAGCUUAAAUGUAUGUAUUACAUGGCUUACAAGUGUCAUAUUAUAUACGUCAGUUAUGAACAUCAUGUUUCCAGCUUUCAUUAGAGUAUACUUUGUCUACAACGCUGCAAGAAUUUUAAACUUCAAAUAGCCAGUUUUAUAGCUGAGAUAGCCUUAUUAGCUGCAUGUCCUAAUAAUAGCCAGGUCUACUUGGGCUAGUUUAGUGUUUCUAAUUAACAGGGAUUCAAAGGAUUAGUUGCUUGAGCUUCCACUUAAAACAAUCAGAAAUGGCACAAAUUAAAAAGGAGAUGUAGAGGACUUUGAGUGGAAGCAAAGGGGAAUACUGGAAAGCACUUGCCUAACAUCUGUCUGGAGUGAAUGGACCAACUGAACUGGCCCUUGAGAGCCUCUGGCUUUCUUCACCUUACCCUGGAACAAGACUGCUGCUUGGAACUUAACUGUGAAAUGGCCUUUAACAAACCAGACAGACAAAGGGGUUUCAACAAACUAGCACAACUUUUGUUAGUAGCAAAAGCACUAACAAGAGAAGAAGAAAAAUAAACUGUAAGACUAUUAACAUGGAACUAUGCUGCACAAGAUGGCCUGUCUAAGGGCACGGUGAGAACGCAGGUUUAAGGAUGCAUCGACUCGUUUGUCAAAUUGUGGAACAUGGGAGGCCUUGGGUGCCCACAUCUAGACCACUGGAACUGACUGCCAAAGUAGAGCUACCACUGAGUUGCCAUGACAUAAAAUGAAUGACAAAGACAGAAACAUUGUGAAAAUGAAAGCUAACCAUUAAAAGUAUGUAUAAAAAAAAGGAAACACUCAUGUACAGAAAUGGCACUCUGCUGAGGUCUCUUUUUAUUUUGUAUUCAGUGCAAUCAUGAAAAACUAUUAGUUGCAGGUUGACUAUGCUACAGCCCUUACACAAAAGGAUAUACAAAGCUGUAAAUAUACAAAGAUCUCUAAGAUCAUAGCUGUUUACUAUCUUCAAAUACUGCACAACUAAUGAACUUAGGUAAAAUUGUGCUAUGGGGAUUCGUGAACGAAUCAAUGCAUACAAUUUUUUUUCUAUAAGGGUCAGUGUGCUACACUUUCUUUCUAUUUAGGCUGGGCCAGACAAUGCAAUGUCCAGCUUCAUGCAAGGUUGCAGUUUCAUCUAACUGUAAAUUACAGUGCAAAUUUUUACCAUAGGUGUCAGAUCCUCUGAAAUUUCCCCUUUGGAACCUGUAAACUCCAUUUUUUUUUGCCAGAAGCCACACUAGCAGUAGUAACAGCAUCAGUAAGUCAUUACAACUGACAAAGACACUCAGCAUGACAGUAAAUAGAUAUCUUUACAUUCGAUUUGGCAGUUCUGUCAGUCUGUAGCAGUGUGAAAUGUGUUCUUUGGUCAUAAAUGUAUCCUACAAACUAAGAACUGAUUGGAGGCAGUUUGUCCAAUGACCAACUGAUGUAGAAUGAACAAUAAAAUAUUCUGAGGGAAAAGUC